UUACGUCACACGUCUGCGUGACAUCCACCCCCUGACACCUUCAAUGACAGUUUGCACACAUUUUUCGGAGUUUCUUUGACAACAAAACGUAGUUAAACCCUAAAUCCUCUACCAUGCAAAGAGCCGCACAUACAGCAUUGUAUGACUGGUCUCAGACAGUCAGUCCAAUGAUCCGACAGUGUUUGAAAAGCAGAGCAGGGCCCCUGCAGCUGAGCUCACGUGCGUACAGUGUGGUCCCGCCCCCACGCGACAGUGAGGAGAAGGAGAUGUUGGACCGAAUCCUGCGUGUGGACCAUGCAGGUGAAUAUGGUGCCAACCGCAUCUAUGCUGGCCAGAUGGCAGUGUUGGGUAGAACUAGGACGGGACCUCUUAUCCAGCACAUGUGGGAUCAAGAAAAGAAACACCUUGAGAAAUUCAAUGAAAUUCUAGCAGAGAACAGAGUUCGGCCCACAGCCCUGUUACCCCUUUGGAACGUUGCUGGGUUUUUAUUAGGGGCAUCCACUGCGAUGCUGGGAAAGGAGGGGGCCAUGGCCUGCACUGUGGCGGUAGAGGAGAGCAUCUCAGAGCACUACAACAGCCAGAUAAGAGCUCUGAUGGAGAAGGACCCAGAGAGAUACACCGAACUCUUACAAGUAAUAAAGGAAUUCAGAGAUGACGAGAUGGAACAUCAUGAUACCGGAUUGGAGCAUGAGGCUGAAUCACUACCUGGAUACUGGCUACUAAAAAAUGCUAUACAGCUGGGCUGCAAAGCUGCGAUAUAUGUUUCUCAACGUGUCUGACUGUAUUUAAAAUAAUUAAACUUUUCAUUUAUGUGUUUUGAUACCUUGACUUGAAUUUGAAUUGAUGUUCAGAUUCUUCUCCACUGUAAAGGAAGCACUUUGUUGUACCUUUGUCAGAUUGAAAGUGUUAUACAAACUUUCACUUUCAUACACAUACAUUUGAUUGCUUGUACAGUGUUUAAUACAUGGAUUCUGUUUUAAGAAGGUGGAGGUGACCCCUCCUGAUUAAAUUGCAGACCUCAA